GACGGGCUGCAGGCGGGCAGGCGGGAGGCGUAGUGUGGGUCGCAGUCGCGGCCCCCGCCGCCGGCCCUGGCCGCGGCAUCAUGAACAUAGACCUGGAGUUCCACAUCCGGCACAACUACCCCUGGAACAAGUUGCCGGCCAACGUGAGGCAUCGUCUUGGAAAUUCACAGAGAGAAUAUAAAAAUCAGGUUGUCCUGUACAGUAUCUGCAAUCAGUUACGAUACAGAAACCUUAAACAUGUCAAGAAAGAUGAACGCAGAUACUAUGAGGAACUGCUAAAGUACAGCCGAGAUCAUCUCGUGCUGUACCCUUACCGUCUAUCGGAUAUUAUGGUGAAGGGCUUGAGGAUAACAUCAUUUUCAUAUUACACUGGGAUUAUGGAGGAUAUUAUGAACAGUGAGAAAAGUUAUGAUUCAUUGCCCAAUUUUACUGCUGCUGACCAUCUAAGGCUUCUUGGCAUAGGAAGAAACCGGUAUAUUGAUCAUAUGAAUCAGUGUAGAUUCAAAAAAUUCUUCAGAAGGAAAACAAUCCGUGAUCUUCUACCAAUAAAGCCAGUGGAAAUUGCAAUAGAGGUGUGGUGGGUGGUGCAGGCUGGGUAUAUCACAGAAGAUGACAUCAAGAUAUGCACUUUGCCUGAGAACUGUGCUAUUGAUAAGAUCGUUGAUUCAGGCCCUCAACUCUCUGGAUCACUAGAUUACAAUGUAGUACAUAGUUUGUGUAACGAAGGAUUUAUUUAUCUGGAUGUACCAAUGUCUGAUGACAGUUGUACAGCAGUUGCACCUCUUGAAGGUUUUGUAAUGAAUCGAGUGUAUUUUAAUUAUUUUGAAACUCUACUCUGUAAGAUAUUUGUUUCAAUAGAUGAGCACACAAAUGUGGCAGAGCUUGUAAAUGUCCUUGAGAUUGACUUACUCCUGGUUAAGAAUGCUGUUUCAAUGUAUUGCUGAUUGGGCUUUGCUCAUAAGAAGGGACAAGUAAUAAAUUUGGAUCAAAUUCAUUCAUCAUGGAAGAAUGUUCCAUCCGUAAACAGAUUAAAGAAUACUUUAGUUCCACAGAAGAUGCUCUUGUCAUGGGAUGGAGGGGAAAGUAGGAGGCCUGUACAAGAAGCUUCAUCGGCAACUGACACUGAUACAAAUAGUCAAGAAGAUCCAGCUGACACAGCCAGUGUAAGCAGCCUGAGUCUGUCUACAGGACACACAAAGUGCAUCGCAUUCUUGUUUGACUCCACUCUUACUGCCUUCUUAAUGAUGGGAUAUCUUUCACCAGUUCAAAGCACUGGUGAAGGAGAAGCACAGAGUUAUUUUGAUCAUGCACUUACUCUGAGAAACACAAUACUGUUUCUGCGUCAUAACAAAGAUCUAGUUGCACAAACUGCACAGCCAGACCAAUCCAAUUAUGGUUUUCCUCUGGAUCUCUUCUACUAUGAAAGCCUUCUUGGUCUGGACCCUGCAACUUGCAGCAGAGUUCUAAACAAAAAUUACACGCUGCUUGUUUGCAUGGCUCCCCUCACCAAUGAAAUCCAGCCUGUCAGCAGCUGCACCCCUCAGCAUAUUAGACCAGCUAUCCCAGAAGUCAACUCUAUCUGGUUUAAACUGUGCAUUUAUCAUAUCACUGGACAAGGAUCACCAUCCCUUUUAUUGUCCAACGGUACAAGACUUCAAAAACUGCCAGGUAUAUUUCAGAGUUAUGAUCGAUUGCUAAUAACAUCUUGGGGUCAUGAUCCUGGAGUAGUUCCUACCUCAAAUGCACUCACGAUGUUGAAUGAUGCUUUAACACAUUCUGCAGUUUUAAUUCAGGGGCAUGUUCUGCAUGGGAUAGGAGAAACUGUCCAUAUCCCAUUUCCAUUUGAUGAAACAGAACUACAAGGAGAGUUCACUCUUGUCAAUAUGGGUGUUCAUAAAGCAUUGCAGAUACUAAGGAACAGAGUGGACUUACAACAUCUCUGUGCAUAUGUCACCAUGUUGAAUGCUUCCAGCCAACUUGCAAAUAGAAAACUCAGUGAUGCUUCUAAUGAGAGAGGAGAACCCGAUUUAGCUUCUGGCUCAGAUGUAAAUGGGAGUACAGAGUCAUUUGAAAUGGUCAUUGAGGAAGCAACUGUAGAUUCAGCAGCAAAGCAAACCUCUGGUGCCACAACAGAGGCAGAUUGGGUUCCUCUCGAGCUGCGCUUUGGAAUUCCACUGUUCAGUUCCAAAUUAAACUGGAAAGUUUGUAGAAAAAUUGCUACACAUGGCCUUUGCAGAAAACAGAGCCUUCAAAACCUCUUACAUUCCAGUAGAAAACUCUCUCUGCAAGUCCUUAACUUUGUUCACUCAUUCCAGGAAGGUGCUUCAACAUUGGAUAUUCACACAGAGCCCAGUUUUUCAAGUUUGCUUUCACAGUCAUCGUAUGCUGACAUGCAUGUUCCACUCCCUGCAAAAAAACUUAAUAUUUAAAGAUGGUGUCUUAUCAGAAGGGAGUAGACGGUCACCUACCUCACUUCUUAUUGCUAAUCUCCAUUUGCAAUAAUUUGGUUACACUGUUUGUUGCUCACACUUUCUGCCUUUUUUCUUUCUUAACGUUAGCUUUAUAGUGUCAGCCACUAAAAAGCAUCCUGC